GCAAAGAAAACUAACGCAGUAAUAGGGAGAAACCCAGAGGAAAUUAGAACCUGUAGCAGAGAGAGAGAGAGAAUGGGCAGGGAGAUCAAUAAUUUCAUCAAGGUAUGGGUCUCAGUUUUAGCAUCUUUAAGCUUCUGUUAUCUUAUAGCCUCAAAGGUCCCAAAGGGAAAGCUGAGGCUGUUGACCAUCCUCCCCAUCUGCUGCCUCUUUCUUCUUCUCCCACUAAGCCUCCAUUCCGUCCAUCUUGGUGGCACCACGGCUUUCUUCGUGGCUUGGCUGGCUAAUUUCAAGCUUCUCCUCUUCUCUUUUGGUCGGGGCCCUCUGUCGUCCGAUCCAUCCCUCUCUCUCUUCCGUUUCAUCUCCUUGGCCUGUUUUCCUAUCAGAAUCAAAAAACAAAAUCCAUCACCCCAGAUAACCAAAAACGGCACCCAAUCGCUGCUAAACUACGCCAUUAAAGGUUUACUUGUAGCUCUAUUGAUCCGUGCCUACGACUACAGACCGUAUCUGCAUCCCAAGGUCAUCCUGGCGCUUUACUGCUUCCACAUUUACUUCCUCCUGGAAAUCAUUCUCGCCGUCGUCGCAUACCUGGCUCGUGCCCUGCUUGGCCUGGAGCUGGAACCACAGUUCGACGACCCCUACCUCUCCACCUCACUACAGGACUUCUGGGGACGAAGAUGGAACAUCAUGGCCUCCAAUAUCCUGCGCUCCACCGUAUACGAGCCUACUCGAAGCCUCGCCGAGCGAAUAACGGGAAGGAAGUGGGCCUCACUACCGGCCAUACUGGCGACGUUCGUGGUGUCGGGGCUGAUGCACGAACUCAUCAUUUUUUAUUUGGGGCGUUCAGAGCCCACAUGGGAGAUGACGUGGUUCUUCAUCCUCCAUGGGUUCUGCUUAGCGUUGGAGAUCCCGGCGAAAAGCGCCUUGGCCAGCCGGUGGCGGUUACAUCGGUCUGUUUCGGGCCCAUUGACGAUUGCAUUCGUUAUGGGCACCAGCUUCUGGCUCUUCUUUCCGCAAUUCCUGCGGUGCGGUGCCGACAUUAGGGCGCUGGGGGAGUACGUUGCCGUGGGGGAAUUCGUCAGAGAUGCUGCUCGGUUUUUCAAAGCGGGAUCUUUUCACGUAGUCAGCGCGUAGAAUUCUCCAUCAUUUAAUUGUAUUUUAGCUUUCAAUCAGUUAUUAGCUAUUGCUCUGGCAAUUAAUUGCAGUCUUGAGUAAUUGUGAAUCAAGAGCUAUGGAUCAUGAAUAUAUAAUAAAAUUCGUAUUGUGCUAGUUUCCUCUCCGUCAACUAGUCUAAGCC